GCUCCUGGGUUGGAGAAAAUCGCGCUGUCAAUAUCAGCCACCUGGAGGAACUCAAUACUAUGGAGAAUCCUACUGUAGUCCCAGAGUGGUGUCAAGACUAUCAUAUGGGGAGUGUGUGCUUGAAACUUUGCUUCUUGUGACUGCAAGCAAGAUAACUGAUCUCAAGUGAACUUUGACCCACUGCAAAGGCUAGUUUUCAUUGGUCAAGUCUUGGACUGAGUCCUCUCUCUGUUAUCUUCUGAAGCCAAUCAGAAUAAAGUUAGAUAGGUAAUACCCAGUGAUCUGUGUCAGUCCCUCAAGUCUAUUGUAUGGUGAGCCAUCAUGAAUAAAGUGAGAGCCAUGUUCAACUCCUAUCCAUAUAUUACCAAUGUGGUGGGCUAUACAACCCUCUUUGCCACUGCAGACUUGAUCCAGCAAAGUAUGCUAGAAGGAACCCGCACUCAAAGCACUCAGCUUAAUGGGGAAAAUUCUAAGGAAGAGGCAUCAGUUAUAUACAAAGAAGAAGGAGCUCUGGAUCAGCUAGAAGCCUAUAAAUGGAACAAGCAUUCAGCAAAAGAAAAGCUGGUGACAAAUACUGCAAUGCACAACAUUAACUGGAGCCAAACCUUUCGUGUUGCAUUAGUGGGGCUGUGUUUUCAUUCCAACUUCAACUACCACUGGCUACGUGCAUUAGAGAAAAGGUUUCCUGGUGGAGGGGCCAAAAAAAUAUCUGUGAAAGUUUUUCUGGAUCAGCUAGUUGCUGCUCCUGCAACAAUAAGUGCCUUCUACAUAGGGUUGAGUGCGUUAGAAGGGCGAGAUGACCCCUUGGAAGACUGGAAAAAUAAAUUCUGGACAUCCUACAAGACUGGGGUUGUGUAUUGGUCCAUAAUGCAGGCAGUAAAUUUCUCUCUGGUUCCUCCAAUAGCACGCACAGUUUUUGUUGGGGGAAUCUCUCUGGGCUGGACUGUUUUUCUGUGUCAUUUUAAACAGCAAAAGAAUGAUUCUCCUUCCAGUUGCCGUACAUAGCACCCAUUAUAUCUGAACCAUAAAAAAUAAACUAGUCUGCUGUU